AUUUGGAACUGGCUAGGAGCUUGGGGACGGAGAUCAUUGAAGUAAAAUGUGACUCACUCUUGAUCGUGAAUCAAGUAAAUGGGGUCUUUGAUGUGAAAGAUGAUAGGAUGCAAAAAUAUUUGGAGAAAAUUCAGGUGGUUCUACAACGAUUCAAAGAAUGGACUAUGCAACAUGUGCCGAGGGAACAAAAUACUGAAGCUGAUGCAUUAGCUAACUUGGGCUCUUUAGUAGGAAUAGAAGAAUUUAACUCAGGUACGGUGGUCCAAUUGAUGAACUUCGCUGUUGAAAGUAGCCACGCCAAAGUCAACAUGACAAGUUUUAAUUGGGACUGGUAG